AUGGAUAUCCGACCAAAUCACACAUUGUAUGUGAAUAAUCUAAAUGACAAAGUAAAGAAAAACGAUUUGAAAAAAGCACUAUAUUAUAUAUUUGGUCAACAUGGUCGACUAAUUGAUAUUAUAGCUAUGAAAACAAUGAAAAUGCGUGGACAAGCAUUUAUUAUUUAUCAAGAUAUUGCUUGUGCAACGCAAGCUUAUCGUUCAUUGCAGGGAUUUCAGUUAUUUCAACGACCUAUGCGAGUAACGUAUGCUAAAAAAGACUCGCAACAAAUUAUCUGUUUGAAAGGUGUCAGUGCUGAAGUUCAAAAGAGACGUGAAGAAGAACGCGAAAAACGUAGACGAAAGAAAAUGGCACAACGUGCUGCAGCGGUAGCAGCGGCUUUACAAGCAGCUAAUCAAUCAGUAAAUGGUCCAGUAUGUUUUAAUCAUUAUUAUUGUUUUCUUUAUUUGAUCAUAAAAACGAUUUGA